UAACAAAAAAUUCGUCUUUUAAACCUCAAUUUCCUACUUAAACUAAAAAAAAACACCUGAUAAGACAAAAUGAUCCACAAGCUACUCUUGUUUCUAACACUCGCUACCGCCUUGUCUCUCCCCCGAAAAGAGUUCAGACCCCGAAUUUUCAACGGUGAACCAGCAUCCAAAGGUCAAUUCCCAUGGCAGGCAGCUCUUUGGAUUCCCACCAACACAGGACUAAAAUUUUGCGGUGGUUCCCUCAUUAGUGACACCUGGGUACUCACUAGUGCCAAUUGUGUGGGAAAAGCUUUUUUCAGAAUCAGGGUACUACUAGGUACGUUAGAAUCAACAGGAGAUGAUCCAGACCAGGUGGAACUGCACUCACGGUUGUGGAUAAUCCACGAGAACUUUAAUCCUUGGACGUACGAAAAUGAUGUGGCUGUGGUACGCUUACCAGAAGCGGUGGUGUUUAAUGAUUAUAUUCAACCCAUUGCUUUAAUGACUGAAGAUGUAGAUGAAGAUAGUACUGUGACUGUUAGUGGCUGGGGUGCUAUAAGUGAAGAUGACGUUAUAUCGUCAGAUCUUACUUACUCCAAUUUAACAAUAAGUACAUCUUGUGCAGGUACUGAUAGUACUAUAUGUGCCAUUCCGGAUGGCAAUAGUGAUUCCCAAAAUAUUUGUUUGGGGGACAUUGGGGACGCUUUGGUACUUAAUGCUUUCACGGAUCCCGUCCAGGUUGGAAUUGCCAGUUCCUACGGUACCACUUGCAACAAGGGUGGCUCUGGAAUAUUUACAAGUACCGCAUUUGAAAGACAAUGGAUAAAACGUGUCACUGACAUCUAGACCACACAACAAAAUAAAACCAAAACAUUGUUUCAUAAUAAUAUAUAUAUUCUAAGUACUUAA